CUCUAGAUAUUGUGAAGAGAGAGAGAGAGAGAGAUGGGUUUCAAGUUGCAACUUUGAGUUUUGGUUGGUCAUUUCUGGCACUCAUAAAACACUUAAGGCCUGAAGCACAGAGCUCUCUCUCAUUGCUGCUGCUGUUGGGUUUUGCUGGGCUUCAAUGGCUUCUGUCUUUACUUAAUCUACUAGAGGCAAGCAUUGAGUGUUUUCUGGUCAGACUAUCAACGAAACAUGAAAUUUGGAUUAAAGAAAAGAUGGAAAUCCAUUGUCCCACUUCAGUUGAAAAAUAAAUCAGCCAAUCGCUUUUGCUUAUUUCCCAAAUCGAAGUCGGGUUUUGGUCCAGGCAAAGCACCUGUAUAUCUCAAUGUAUAUGACCUGACAACCAUGAAUGGCUAUGUCUAUUGGGCAGGCUUUGGAAUUUUUCACUCUGGUGUUGAAGUUCAUGGUGUAGAAUAUGCAUUUGGAGCACAUGACUACCCUACCAGUGGUGUUUUUGAGGUUGAACCUCGGCAAUGCCCAGGAUUCAAGUUCAGGAAAUCUAUAUUUAUUGGGACCACAAGCUUGGACCCUAUUCAGGUCAGGGAGUUUAUGGAGCGCCAGUCAUUGAGCUACAAUGGUGAUACAUAUCACCUGAUUGUCAAGAAUUGCAACCAUUUCUGCAGAGAUAUCUGCUACAAGCUAACCGGGAAAUCAAUUCCAAAGUGGGUAAAUCGACUGGCAAGAAUAGGUUCAAUAUGCAACUGCAUACUUCCUGAAGCGCUAAAAAUUUCUGCUGUACAACACGACCCUAACAACCAACCAUAUGAUAGCGAGAAAAGGAGUUUGAGAAGUGCCUUCAGUUGCCUGUCUUCUAUCUCAAUGCGGCAAAAGCAAUUGUCAUCAUCUUCAUUGUUUCUACAGUCACCCUUGAAAGGCUGCUUGCCACCAUGGGAAUUAAGAAGGUCAAACAAUGGGUCCUUGAAGGAAAGGUGAGAAAGUGUUUGCAGGAUUGCUGUUGGAUGUCCAACCUCCAUAUGACCUUGUGAUGAGAGGAUUUGUUGCUACAUUUUUAUGACCUUGGCACUUGGGGAAGGCUGCCAUCACUCAGAUUGUCUUAGUUAUCCCAGGUUUGCGGAGUCAUGUUUAUGAUUGUUGUAACUAUAGUUUGCAGCUAGCAAAUGUAAGAGAAAUUGCUAAUCAGCUUCUCAUAUUUUUUCGUAUGCCACUCUUUGUCUUGCAAAGGUUCAGAGGUAUGCUCCGGUCACCUCAGGUGUAAAUUGUCUGUUAACGUUGCUAGUAUAUUAGUCUCGACAAAUGAAUCAUCUCUUAUUCCCAG